AUGUGGAGAUCGGCCUUCAGAUUGCGGUCGAUAACGGAGUCGAGUGGACAACGUAUACGAUCAUAUAACUACGAUGUCGACCUCCAUGGUCGCGUUUAUCUAUCCGAAGUCCGCUCACGAAACUUCACGAAUUGUUACAGAGAUGUGAAUUUUCUGAACAUCUUAUUCAAGAAGUUAAGGAAGAUCAACCAAGGUAUCGAAUCCGAUGAUCAGUCUCAUCAAAUCGAUCCAGGAGAGCUUCACUUAAAUCAAGAGAACUUUAAACAAGGCUAUCGGUGGGUCAGUAAAUGCCAAGGAGAGAUUAAUUAUAUACGGUCGUCUAGUACUCCGAUUGUGUAUAAGACAUUGGAUAUCUCAACCAAUGAAUUGAUGUAUGGGGGUUCAUUGAAGAAAUCCUUUGAGCCGAGUCGAUUGAAGUAUGAUCGCUCGACUGGAUGGCUCUUCCAUCCGUCCCCAUCAGCGAAAAACCAUGGCUGUUAUUCUCUACUUUCGAGCUCGAUCCUCUCCGAUUCACUGCAAGAUUCCAUCGAUCUAGGCUCUGCUGGCUGGAUCAGAUGGGGGCAAGACAAGUUCCCUAUCCUUCCGUUAGAUCCUGAUGAUCUCAGUUGA